GACAACGUUUUUCUUAAUCGACUCCCGGUCGGUCUUCAAAAAUGUUGAAAAUCGUUCUAGUAGUGCUGCUCGCGUUUCUCGUGCAAUAUGUAUUCAAGACAUUAUUGAUGUUUGACAUCAACAAACGAACAUAUAACCAUCGCCCAGGACAGUGCAGAAAAGUAGAUGGACCUGUUCAUGGAUCAGAAGAUAUUGCGAUUGUAGAAGAACUCAAUUUGGCAUUUAUUACUUCAGGACUUGCGUAUUUAAUUGAAGAUCCAACACAAGUAACAUGGAAGGGCCAAAUUUUUGCAUAUGACUUGUCGAAAAAGACGUAUAAAGCUGAAUCAAUUCCAAUUGUGAAUUUGGAAGAUGGAGAUGGAUUUCAUCCACAUGGAAUAUCUCAUUGGAUAAAGAAAGAUGGAAGUGUUCGAUUGUUUGUAGUUGUUCAUUCAAAACAGUUUAGGCAUUCAAUUGCUAUUCUUGAUUUUGAUAAGACCAAGUGGCAAUUGAAUCAUGUAAAGACUGUCAGAGACGAUAAGUUUGUGAGACCAAACGAUGUUGUAGCAACUGGAGAAAACUCAUUCCUUGUCUCCAAUGACGGAGGUGCUCAAACUAUUAUCGGAAAUGCUAUCGAAAUGUUCACCGGAUUUUUCAAAGGUGGUCUCGUGUACUUUGAUGGAAAGAACUCCCAUUACCUUUUGGAGAAUACAGUUGCAAAUGGAAUUAUUUUUUCACGAGAUAGAAAAACGUUAUUUGUAUCACAUUUUAAUCAAGAAACUAUUGGAGUGUUUGCGUGGGAUCAGAAGAAAAUCACUAUCAAGAAGAUUUCAGAAAUUGAGACUUUAACUGGAUGUUAUAAUUUCUUUAUUGAUAAUGAGGAUAAUCUUUGGUCGGGAUGCCAUCCAGUUCUAAAAGACGCUCUCGGUCACCUCGGAGACGCCACCAAUCCAAACCUCUACUCCCAAUCUCAAGUUCUUCGUUUCAAAUUCUCAUCAGACCUAAAAAGUACAGAAAUGGUAGAAGUGUUCUCUGAUGAUGGAAGAUUUACUGCAGCAAGUGCUAUUGCUGCCACUUUUGACAACGGAAAACAACUUUUGAUCGGAACCGUUUUCCGUGAUCUAACUCAUUGUGAUAUUGAUGUACCACUUGAUUUUUGAUUGUAUUGAAUGUUUAAAUGAAUUGGAGGAGAAUUGAUUG